ACCUGCUAUAAUGUACCUAGAUACUCAAGGUAUAGGCCUAUCCCUAGGUACGAGGCGACUCAGCUAGGCACCUAAUCUAAGGCGCCUAACCCGCCCUGCAUUAAUGUAUGAACAAGACACCUGCUCUAUGACGAUACCCCCCUUAUUACGAUACCCGCUCACUUGCUAAAUCCCACCGUCGUAUGGAGCAACCAACGUAGGCAAAUCAGGGGGUGUCCGUUCCUUUUGUAUGAGGCACGCAAACGCUUGGCGUUUGAUUGUCACGGGAGCGCGCGAUCUCCGUGCCCCGUCGUCGCCGUCAUCGCAACCCGGGGAUCUCGCAUUCCUCCCAGCCGCGGAAUCGAGCACAACUCAUAUACCUACCUGCCAUGCCGUACCUCGGGGCGGCAGCGCAAAUGUGGGCAACGCCUUGAGAACAACGGGCAUCUAGAGUGGAAAGAAAAAAAAAGGCAGACAUGGCGGACCCCGUACACGUCCUCGACGACUACUACCUCGCCAUCACGCUGCUCGUCACCGUCGCCUACCAGCUCUGCUUCUUCGCUAUCGCCUUCACUUUCAAGUUCGACAAAGUAACAGACUUCGCCGGCGGCACCAACUUCGUGCUCCUGGCGGCGCUGACGCUGGGCCUCAGCCGCGAGCCGGACGCGCGGCAGGCCGUGGCGUCGGCCCUGCUCGUGGCCUGGGCGCUGCGGCUGUCGCUGUUCCUGCUGCGCCGCGUGCUGCUCGCGGGCCGGGACGCGCGCUUCGACGGUAUACGCGACCGCCUCUUCCCCUUCCUCGGCUUCUGGACCCUCCAGGCGCUCUGGGUGUGGGCCGUCUCGCUGCCCGUCACCGUGCUCAACUCGCCCGCCGUCCGCCGCCGCCCCGCCGUCCCCUUCGGCACCGCCCGCGACGUCGCCGGCGUCGUGCUCUUCGCCGUCGGCUUCCUCGCCGAGGCUGCGAGCGACGUCCACAGGUCCGCCUUCCGCCGUCGCAACCCCGACCGCGCGGCCAUCUGCGAUUCCGGCCUGUUCCACUUCAGCCGCCACCCGAAUUACUUUGGCGAGAUCAUCCUUCAAUUCGCCAUCUACAUGAUAUGCGUCUCGGCCGUUGCGGAUGGUGAUGCCGACGGUCCAGCGUACGACGCUCUCUACGCCACCAUCGUAGGACCCUUCUUCAUGACUUUCCUGCUCCUGUUCGUCUCGGGCCUACCGCUGUCGGAACGGCCGGGGGCCCGAAAGCGGUACGAGAAGGGCCUUAAUUGGGAUGCGUACCAGCGAUACCUCAACCGCACUAGCAUCCUUAUCCCCUUCCCGCCGUGGAUCUACGAGCGGCUGCCGACCUUUCUCAAGCGGACUGUGUUCCUCGAAUUCUCAAUGUACGUGUUUGACCCCGCUAAGCACUCUAGUGGAGUCGUCGCGGCGGAGGAAGGGCAGAACGAAGAGGGACGUUUAAAUGGAUAGGGGCGGCGGCGAUAGUGUCAGAUCUAACAAACGGUAUCUCUCAACACUCAAUCCGGCGGUAUACCUAUGUUGAGUGCUGGUCACGGCCUCUUCUCCCACCCUACAUUACGAUUAGCCAACCCGGACGGAGCCGAUAUAUUUACAAGAGCGCUGUGUGCGGUA